AUGGAGCUUCGUAAGCUCGCGUAUGAAUUUGCUCGGAAAGUUGGCGCGUCGUAUCCGGAUCCAUGGAACGACAAUCAACAGGCGAGUAAGGAUUGGCAGUUGGCGUUCAUGAAACGCCACAAAAAUUUGUCACUGCGAACACCAGAGCAAGUAAGCCAGAGUCGUGCGAAGCGAUUCAACAAAGAGAAUGUCGAUGCAUUCUUUGUUAACCUUUCAUCCGUUCUCGGUAAGACGCCGUUUGAACCUCACCGAAUAUGGAACAUGGAUGAAACCGGGUGGCCGACCGUGCCAACCAGACCUGUCAAAACCAUGGCGCGCAAAGGACAAAAGCAGGUCGGCUCAUCAACAUCUGCCGAAAAAGGCACCAAUGUGUCUUUGGCCUUGGCCGUCAGCGCUAGUGGCCAGUCUAUACCGCCAUUCUUCCUCUUUCCCGAGUCAACAUGA